UGAUACCAAAAAACUAUUUUUGAUUCCUCAGAAUUUACUACACACAUUCUAUGAUUAUUGCUAUUGAUAAUAAAUUUUUUUUUUAUUACAAUUAAUUGCUUUUUUAAAAUUAGUGUUGCAAUUAAUUACUUGGGUAAAAUGAGACUUGUAUACUUAAGUUUAAUUUUGUUAUUGAUUAAGUGAUAACAAGUGUUGCAAAGACAUUUUUUGUUUUGUGGUUUUACAACAGCCAAUGUUUACUCACAAAAAUUGUUGAGAAUUAGUGAAAUAUAUGAGGAAUUAAUAACAAUAUAUGGGCAAUGUGAGCAUCUGUUGAAUUAAUACCGUAACUUCCUUUAUUUGAAUAUGUGACGUACGUGUCCGUCCUACCCGCGAUCUUGAUACCAAAAGUGUUGCAAUUAUCCGCAGAGAUUUGUGUAUUAAAUAUAUGAUAUAAUUAUAACAAUUAAGUAUAUAUGUUACGUUAUAUAUACGGAGGAUUGAUUCAUAUAUUUAAUAAAUAUAACUUUAUUUAUAUUUACAUUACUCACUCGAAAUUUGUUAACCAGUGGAUUUCGAAAUUUGUUUAUAGUUUUAAAUAUUAAAUAAAGAUUGUUUUUAAUCGCUAAGGAGGUGAGACAAAUUUAAGUGCUGAGUGAAGGAGUUAAGUUAUAUAUGUUAGUUGACGGUAGUUAGUGAACCUGAACGGUCAGCGUGACAAUAUAUAUUUAUAUAUAUAUAUAUAUAUAUAUAUAUUAGUAUUUAUUUAAAAAGUGGCCAUUUAUAAAUCCGGAGAUUUUUUUCUUACCUGAGGGAAGCUGGGAUCCAGCUGACGAUCGCGAGAGAUUUGCUAGUGGUUUUGGAUGUUAGCAGGCGCGGGGGUGGCUAAAAAGGCCCCGCCGCCUGGCACGGGUCUCGAUGCCGGUCCCUAUAUCUCAGACUUUUUCGCUAACCUCCAGCCUGGUACCCAAGGAGGAAUCAUCAAACAUGCCCUUCAUAGACGACGAAUUACUAUGGUGCCCUGACAACGAUGGCAAAAUGGUUGAUUUAACUCAGUGUUUACAAGAAAACAAUGCAGCACAGUCAGUUGAGUUUUCAGCAAUGGAACUGAGUGCUUUUGUGGGUGCGCCGACAGCAUCCAGUGUGCCUUCAGAGGAUGGCGAAGGUGUAUCAAGUGUUAGCGAGGAGCCAUUUGAUACCUUGGAUACAUUCUUGCGCGAAUUACAAGCCGAUUUGGCGGAAGCGAGCCAACCGACUUCAACAACUACACCGCUCAGUACAAUAACCCCGUGUAGGCGGCAAAGGUAUAACAUUGCCGCAGCAAAUCCACUAUUAGCCGAGAAGUUAGCCGCUCCGUCUAUUCAGGUAUCGCCAGUGUCCUCCACAUCGUAUGCCGCAAGGUCAGAAAUCAAAUCCGAGGAAAUUAUCACCGAGGCCGGCAAAGUUGAUACGAGGGAAAUACAAGCGCCACAUGACUCAGCGGAUCCAGACGAAGCAAUGGGUCUUGCGACAGUUAAAGCUGAACCAGGCAGUACAACAGGAACACGUUUACUUCAUGGUAUUCUGUCCCAGCAUCCGCCGCAGCACAAUCUUGGCAUACCCAAUGGUGGCUACACACGGCAUUUGACCAAUCACGUUCAACUUGGACAGCCUCCUUACAGCUCGAACGGCAUUGUCACCACAAACACACCAGGAAGUGGAUCACUGCCAGCCAGUCCUGCAGAUAGUGGAGUAAGUGAUGUUGAAUCGAGUACAUCGUCUGGUGGUAAUGAAGACGCAAACUUAUUACUCAAAGCAAGACUUAAUCCAAAUCCAUCUUUACAACCAAGCCUUGGUUCCCAUCAUUCACAUUUACCGUCAGCAGCGAUCGCCAGAUCGGCUUGCCAUAGCCCUGGAGUAUAUUCGAGCUCGACGGGAUUCUUGCCACCCUCUUACCACCCUCAUCAACACCACACAUCGCAAUACCAUCCGCAUCGAGGAACCUCGCCGCACCAUCCCCACGGCAACCACGGUAUGCCGUCAACUAUGGGACCACCGCACCAUCACCACCACCAUCAAACACAGAGCCUACAACAUCUCCAUUAUCGCCAGCCAUCGACAUUAACGGAGAGCUACAAUAGUUACGUAAACUCGAUGUACGCCGGCAAUGGACAAUUUGCAGCACCUUGUACUCCAAGUCCACCAAGAGGACCCGGUGGCGUACCCACGAGUGUUAUUCAGGCAGCGACGAGUUCUGUGUCCGACGACUUGUACCUUCUGGAGCUCGGGUUUCCACCCCGUGCUAAAAAAAAUAAAUUGAAGAAAGCGCGACAGGGUGAGGGCGCGACGGUAAAGAGAAAAUCACGCGAAGGAUCGACGACUUAUUUGUGGGAAUUUUUACUCAAGUUACUGCAAGAUCGAGAGUACUGUCCACGGUACAUAAAGUGGACGAAUCGUGAAAGAGGAGUCUUCAAACUUGUUGACAGCAAAGCUGUGUCUCGAUUAUGGGGCCUGCAUAAAAAUAAACCAGACAUGAAUUACGAAACCAUGGGCCGGGCACUCAGAUAUUAUUAUCAGCGGGGUAUUUUGGCUAAAGUUGAUGGACAGAGGCUGGUUUAUCAGUUUGUUGAUGUACCAAAAGAUAUAAUCGAGAUCGACUGUACAGGAGCGUGAGAUAAGGCUUUUUUUAACUAAUUAUUAAUUAAUAAAUAAUUAAUCGUUAAUUAAUUAAUUAUUAUUGAUAAUAAUAUUAUUAUUAUUUUUUAUUAUUAUUAUUAAUAUUAAUUGGAUAAAUUAAUUUGGUUGUGUCGAGCUCUUCCUGCCAAAUAGUGUCAACAUAUUGAUGCAACUCAACACUAAAUGUUGUACCCUCUCUGACUCCAUUAAUUUGUUAUUAUUAAUUUUAUUAUUAUUGUUAUUAUUAUCAUCAUAAUAAUUAAUUAUACUGUUUAUUUACGUACUAAAAAAAACAUUGACAAUUAUAAUUAUUAGUGACAUUGUCACAAGCAAGAUUAAAAAACCCGCAGUUAUUAUUUUUGUCUGGAUACGGGACAAUAAAUUUUUAGAAAAAUUAUAAAUUUUGAAAUGAUAUUAUUUUUGAGUAUAAAUGUUUGUAUAUUGAUAAAAUUUAUAGACUUUUAAGUCGUAUGGUAAAUUAUGGUGCUCGUACUGUUGUAAUUUUUAUGAGAAAAAAAAAAAACUGGCAAUUUACUUAACUUGUAUAGAAUUUUUAAUAAAAAUUGUAAAUUUUUAAAAUUCUAAAUUAUUUAUUGUACAUUUAAUAAUUUUAUAAUAAAAAAAAAAAAAUUGUUAUUGGGAAGGAAAAUUAAAGAUUGAUAUGGGGAAAAAAAAAAGUUGUGAAUUAUAAAGAAAUGUGGGCUGUGAAAUGGUUUAAAAAAUGCGCUUUUCGGGAAAGAGGGCAGAAUGUAUGGACGUAUGUCUCUAAAUAAAUAAAUGAAUAAAUAAAAAAAAAUAUAUAAAUAUUUGUACGGAUGAGUGUCGCCAUGUGUGGAGCCAAGAGCUCAGGGAGGGUCACACUGUAUAUUUUUAAAAAACAAAUUUGAAAAUGGGAUAUUAAUUAAAAGGUGAAAAGCUGGUGCUGGCUAACUGUACAAGAGGUCCAAGAAUGUUAUUGAGCAAUUCGUUUUGUUAUUGGUCGGAAAAUAAAUUGAAAAUAAAUUGAAAAAAAAAAAAAAAAAAAAAAAAA